AUGUACGGCACCACUCCGAUCACUGUCGGCGUCUUCCUCGUCGGCGACGGCGUUCAGAUGGCCGACGUCGUCCCCGUUGAUAUCCUCGGCAUGCUCAGCACUGAGUACAUGUCCGUUCUGCCUCCCUCGGCGGACCCACUCAAGGCGCUCGCGACGCCCAUGACCUUCGUGUACAUCACAGAAAGCGGUGACGGUCCCUUCACGCUUACGGGCGGCGCCCAUGUUGCGAUCCAGGCCUCCGUGUCGAGCGCACCAAAGCUCGAUAUUCUCGUCGUUCCUGGUCCGCCGCCAAGCUAUCAGGCGACCGAGGCAGUCAAAGCCUUCAUCAAGGCGACCCACGCUUCGGGCACGCACGUCCUUUCAAUCUGCACCGGCAUCGUGCCCGUCGCCGCCUCAGGCAUCUUGGACGGAAAGAUCGCCACGGCUCCGCUUGGCAUUAUCCCCAUCGUGCGUCAGUUCUUCCCCGCCGUUAAGUGGGAGGACACCCGCCGCUGGGAGAAGGCGGUCGGCGAGAACGGCGCGGGUGAGGUGUGGACUAGCGGUGGGGUGCUGAAUGGGGUCGAUCUCGUCGUGGCAUUCUUGAGGGAGAAGUUUGUGAAGCCGGCUGCUGAGGCUAUGAUCAUGCUCGCGGGCGUCAGCGAGCGGCCUCGGGAGUAUAGCGAGAUUGAGAAAGGAAUGGGUGGCAUGUCGCUUGCCUAG